CAACUUUCUUUUUCACCUGUAUGCCGUCAACGUCACCGAAUUCGGGGUCACUGGCUGGUGACGUAAGCGACACGGGUCUGUCAACAUGGUUGACUGUGGUAGCCCUCGGUGUGCUCAAGAAAGGCGUUCUUUAAGGAGAGAUCUUCAAUGCUGGAGCAAAAAACUGCCAGUCGUGUUAGGAUUGGAAAGAAUAGCAGCAGAUUAUGUUGAUAAGGAAACUGCACAAAAACUUUUGGACCCAUUUCCAGAAUGGGAAAAGGAAAUAAAACAAGAUUUUCAACCCAGUCAAAGAUGUUUUCACUGUGAGAAGAAGCUGCCAAAUAUUUAUAAACGUAUUAAGAGAAUCAUUGAAGAUGCUAAAAAGGGAAAAGAAAAUGGUGGGAAAAUUUGUUUGAGGUCUCUACAAGACUUGAUGCCAUUCUGUUUAGAUUUUUAUACUCGAGGAUUUGGUCGAGAACUGUUUAGCGAUCUGGUGAAAUCUCAUUUUUUAACGAUUGUCCCACAAGUAGAUGUAAAGGAAGAGCCAGAACCAUUAGAAUCCCCCCCAGCAAGCACUGACCUAGCUAGAUUAAGAAUACCUCAUUUGGCAUCAGGAAGGUCUUACAAGAAGCAGGAGAGCAACCGACAGAAUUAUACAGAAGAAGACAUUGACCUUGCAGUAUCUGAUAUUAGAAGUGGCAAGUUGGGCACUCGAAGGGCAGCCAUGAUUUAUGGGAUACCUCGUUCCACACUGAGAAGCAAGAUGGUCAAGCCAGAACGAGACUCCGCUGCACCAGAGGAUUACGCUGAGGGCCUCAAAGAUAUUAGUGAUCUUGAACUCUACCAGUCAGCUCAACCUUGUCCCUUGGCGGGAUUGAAGAUGUCAGAUAUGGGCGUGUUUGGAAUGUGCGAGUCUGUGAUGUCAUUUUUCCCACCGAUGCCCUUCCCUGUUUGCCUGAAGCACACAGUUAGUGACCUUGUGGCUGAACAGCGUCUGAGCCAGAUUAGACGAAUGCACAACUUAAAUGGGUUCACUGAGAACCAUCCUCGGCCAGCUCACUCUAACCAACUCCGACUUCCACUCCUGGUCAACAUCGUUCGUAAGCUAGUUCAGCAGAAGAUGAUGGAGAUAAAGGAAAAUUUCAGCAGAAAAAGUUACGAGACUAAAUCUCAGCAGACGCCAGAUUCAGAUAUCUUUAAUUCUUUUGGUCCAUACUUGCCAGCUUUUUCCCCAUUUUUAAAUACUGGUCACAAUGAUGAGAACCUAACUGGCCCUAUGUACAAACACAUCAUGGAAAGUAUCUACUCGAACAUGAUGAACGAGGACAAUCCACUCCCUAAACCUUUUGGGAAGGUCAAUGAAAGCAGCAGGAUUGGCGACACGCUCAAAGACAUUAUUGCUAAAACUUUGUCCGAGAAAAUCAAGUUCCGGGAUGGGAGUUCCGAUGAAAGCUCAUUACACUCCAAUCCUGACACAUACAAACAUUUUACAGCUAAGCAGCCAGAGCGUAGUUCACUAGGAUUUACUUUAGAUCUACAUGUGGCUAAAAAAGAGGGCAAAGUUUCCAAUGGGGGCUGCUCUCCACCCAAAAGAGUUAAAAAAGAUUGUAUUAAGUCAGCUCUCCAUCCUCCCAGUUCCGAAUCUAACUCUUCAGCUGGUAAGAAAACACGGCCGAAACGUGGACAGUAUCGCAAAUAUAACUCGCAGCUUUUAAUGGAUGCUGUUAAAGCCGUUCAACGAGGAGAGAUGAGCGUCCACAGAGCUGGCAGCUAUUUUGGGGUGCCUCACUCCACGCUAGAGUACAAGGUCAAAGAACGGCAUUUGUUGCGUCAGAAAAAGUCUCGAGAUCUACUUUCUCCAUCCAACUGCAAAGAGGAAGUGAUGGCAUCAGUGACCUCAUUUCCUAAUAAUUCCAAUGGUAGCCCAUUGCUAGAUGAAGAUAGUCACAGCAUGUCCAAAAUAAUAGAUGGUCAAAUGUCCCCUUCCGUGUCAUCUGUUGCACCUACAUCGAAGUCUGUGAGCCCACCAGCCUCCUCCCCUGCCCCUGUGAGUGCCUUAGGUCUACCUGCAGUCAACAAGGAAGCUGGCAUGGCCUGGUUCCAGCCCUAUAUGGCUACUGCUCCCAGUCAACUGGACACAGUGCUAGGUAUUCACCCGAAUCUCACCCUCAACAACUCGGCCUCAGAGCUAUUAAUACAGCUGCAACAUAAAGUUCAAGCAAAGUGCUCUGCGGCAUUCCCAGCAGACACUGCUUUUGAUUUGCCUUGUAAUAAAGAUCGUGUCUUUGAUCUAAGCUCCACCAGCAGCAGCGCAUCAUCCGAUCGAAUCACUCUUUACAAACAAACUAUCUGAUCAAAUCACUUUUUACUUUUUACAAUCAACCCGAUAAACUUUUUUUUGUCAUCAGAAUGUGAUACAGUUCUUUCAAAAGUACAACUCUAUUUUUUAAAGAAACAAAGUGCUUUUUUUUUAUUAUUCUAAUUGGUAAACAGUGUUAGUCAUUGUUACAGUAAAAGAUAUCUCUAUUCUCUACAUCAUACAACAUGCAUGUUAUAAAUAUCUUCUCUUUGUAAGCGCUUGAUUCUCUCCACAAGUUCAUAUCAAGAGAUGCCAACUUAGCUUUUUUUUUUAAUGCUUUUGAUAAUUUUCAACACAUUUUGUGUUGUAUUUAAAUUUGUAGAUACAACGAGAUUUUCUGUAUUGGUCUUUGUGUCAUUGAUAUGUUACUGUCUUGUUUUUACGUGCAUAUUAUUAUGUGCUGUCUAUAAUGGUAUGGUGUGUUGUUAGUGUGUAUCUGUCCUGGGGUCCAUUGAAGUGUGUAGGCCUAUCUGUCCUGGGAUCCAUUGAAGUGUGUAUCUAUCUACCUGUACUUCUCCAAACACAUUCCAUUUCUUCUAAUGUUGAAUCGAGUUUGUUGUCAACUGAGAACAUUUUGUGUAUAUUUUGCUCAAAACAUGUAAAUAAUUAAAUCUUUUCAUAUUUUAUGAAACUGACCUAUAUAUAAAUCUAUAUUUGUACAAUAAGAGUUUUUAAUGUUUUGAUUUGAAAUUAUAAAGUCCAACAAACAAAUUUAAAAAUAAAAACAAAAUUUUAAUUAACCGGAGGAGCUGUUUGAAAUACAAUUUUCUUGUAGCAAACUUCUUAGGAAACUGUCAAGUGAAUGUUUUUGUUGUAAUCCUCAUCUAAAGUGUUAUGUGAAUGUUAUAGUAAGCUAAAGAAAUGAGAGCCUUGUAACUGGAAUACUUUUACAAAAAUAGCUACCAUUAGACUGACUUAGACAUAGAUCCUCCCAUACCGUUUGGCGCACUUGGUGGCAAGCUGUCUCCAUAAAGAUCUGUAACUGGCAAUGUCUGAAGCCUCUUCCCAUCUUGUGUCCAAUGCUCUGAGGUCCAUCAUGAAAGUUUGGCACCAAGUUAUACGAGGACAUUUGUGCUUUUCUCGUAUUGGCCUCCAUGUCAUCGCAACUCUAUUGGUAUGCGUAAUUUACUUCUGUCAGAGGACAUAUUUUUUUCUUGAUUAAAUUUUUUAAUAACAAAUUUUGUUGCAAGAAUUCAAGUUUGUCUUUAACUAUUGACUGUCAUAGUUGUCUAUAGCUUUAUGGCUUUCAUAUUUGUCUAUAGCUGUAUGGCUGUUUUGUUUGUUUGUUUUUUGUUGCACUAAGUUUACUGUUGUUAAAGCCAACAUUUUACUUUAGUUUGAUGUAUUUCUUGAUGUAUGUAUUGUACCACUGCCAUAAUGGGUUCAAAAAAACUUUUUUUUUCAGAGGAUCAAUUCUAUUUUAAUCUUUACGAAGUUUUAACAAAAGAUUUAUUGUGAUAAUGGCCCAGUUAAAGGAAGAUUAUACUUAUGCGUGCAUUCUUGAACCGAUACAUGUAACUUAAAAUUAACGUCUAAAAUGUGACAUCAGCUCAUGAACUUACAGAAUCCAACAAAUUCAUAAUAGUUCGAUCAGUUAAGAGAUAAGCUAGCCAAAGUCCUGGUUAGUUUUUUUCACUUAUUAUUUCACCCCAACAAUUUUCGGAGUUUAAAAUAAAUAAAACUUUCUUUCAUAAUUACAAGGCCUGUAUUCUGUUACAUCAGCCAGUUCAAAACUUUAUUUCAGCUUAUAUGGAUGUAAAUUUUGUUAUUUCAUUGGACUAUCCGAUUGCCGCUACCCAAACCUUAUGUUUUAUGUUUAUGUUUUAGAAUGAAUGCAGUAAACAUUUCCUCUGGGUGUUUUAAUGUUCUCCCUGACCUAUAAAAUAGGCCUCAACUUAAACUGUUGAUGUUUCUAAAGAGUCUUUAUAUUAACACAACAAAAAAAAGCUUUAUUACACCAGAGUCAAAAGAUUGGAGACUUGCCUUAACUCUAUAUUCUUGUCUCAAUGAUCACACGUAUAUAUGUAUUGUACAGGGGGUGAGCUUUAGAUUUUUGAUAAUGACUUUUUUUUUUACUGUAAAACUUUUAUAUUUCAUGGUGCUCAGAAUAUUGUCUCAAUUUGUACAUUGCUUUUAUCUUCUUGUUGUCUCAUUAUUUUUUCAUUGCACAUGUGUACAUCAUGCACUUGAUUUGUGGUGGGGUCAAGGGUCAAAGCACUUUCAAUUUUUUUUUGUAUUAAAUAUACAAGUUUCGACUAUAGGUACAUAUGUUCUAAACAUUGCUCUAAGCUAGUAACCUGUUCCAGCAGAAAUGAAUCUUAAGUCUAGUUAUUCUUUAAGGAGUGACAAAUUUUAAUUUUUAACAGAGUGCUCUUUUUCAUGUAUGAAUUGUUGCUUUCUGAUAUAUUUUUUUUUUAACUACUCAAUUUUUUAUGAAGGCAUUUCUGCAGAGUUCUAACAAAGUUGAAUUUAUUUUUAGACCUUAUCAGUUAUUACACUUCAUUUUUGUAAUAUACUUCUAAAAUUAUUUAGCAAAGUAUAUAAGACUUUUUUGUCGAGAGAUUUAUUGAAAACCACUUUAGACAUAACAUUUUUUAGACUCAUCAUUUUUUUAUGUUUAAAUUACUGAUUAGAAAUCUCUGAAUGAAGCAUGGUUAUGAUCUCCCUUUUUUAUAUCGAAAUGUUCAUAAUUAGCUUGUAAAAACUAUUUUGUAGUAAUCGUUUGUAUCGAGAGUUUAUCACUCCCUCCUCAUUCUAAUGCAUUGAUACCCUUCCUACAUAGUAUUUCUCUCUAAAAUUAAAAAACAAUCUUCUUCCAAGUGGCACCUGUGUGAAGAAGUUAGAGGUUGGAGCUAAUAAUCCAUUUGAACUAGGAUAGUCUUUUUAAUAAUGGAAUGACAAACUAGACUCCCGUUUAAGAAAGAAAGGAAGAAAAUCUACAGAAAGUUUUAUUUUUAAAAGAUUUUCUCAAUGUAAAUUUGACAAAUAUUGAUUGUUUUGUGAAAUAAUUUGAAUUGUUUACUUUUUCUGCAUUCAACUUGUUCAUAAACAUUUUUUUCCUGUUUCCUUUUUAUUUGUUUCCCAGCAACUGUCAACAUGACCUUAACUUUAAGUUUGUUUGUGACUCUGUUAUUAAUGAUCACUUUGUUGAUACUUCUUCUAGUCAGCCAUCUUGGUUUUGAUUGUGCUUCAAGUCACACAUACACAUUUUUUAACUUAUUUUUAUUUUGAAUCCGAGGAUUGUUGUCAUUAUCACCAUUGUGUGCUUUAAACAAGAACAAUUUUGGAUGUCAAAUUAGUUCAGAUAUUUUGAAUAUCUAUUUUUUAUUUUUUUAUUGCUGGUAAGUAAUAAGAAGAAAGGAUAAGUGAAACAGAUUCACUUCCAAAAUGUAUUUCCUCAGAGGUAGACAUUUGUGGCAACUUUUCUUUCAAAUUUUUUUAUUAAAUUCAUUGCUUUACACCAAACACAUUUACAUUUGUUAUGGCAUGAUUAGGAAUUUGUUUCGUAAACAGGGGAAGUUUUGACUUAGAGACUAAAACAUGACUAGUAAAAAUUAGACUAGGUUUUGAGGAAGAAUGACAAAAUGUAAACAGAGACUACAUAUGACGGCUUUAAAGAGUGGCAGCUUUUAUGAACGUAUAAAUUUAGCUUGACGACAUUCUACAGUUCCCUUCAUUAUUAUUAAACUUCUUGUUCGACAUUCACUAUCAGCGUCGACUAACUUAUAUUGUGGGCCUUUCACCUGUGUUAUUGGAUUUCGUUACUUGAGUGUUACCUCUGUUUGACUUAACUGCAUAAUACACAUUUCUUCUUGACCAAUCUUAAAGGAAAACUUUGAUGGUUUUUCAAAUUUGAGUUCUUGACAUAUUUAAAUUCUGUGUAAAAAGUUGUAAUAGUAAACAUUUUACCAUUUUGUAUUUAAAUGCUUACAAACAUUUAUAUUUAAUAAAUUAGUCAGUGAAUUCUUGACAUCUAAAAAAAAACCCGGGGUUCUUUGAGAUUUUGUUUUUAGCUCAGUCAAACGUCACUUCCUGCAACAAUACUGAAAGAGAAACUACAUUUAACCAAUCUUAUUGCUUCAUUCUUACAGUAGCUGUUAGGCUUAGUGACGGCCUAGUCCAGAGCUAUGGUACAGUUAUAUAUAAAGAGAGAUCUAAAAGCAUUAGGAUAACCAACUCGAGAAAAAAAGUAACAUUUUCAUCUAGGCCCCUCCCUGUCCUAAAAAGUAAAUAGAUUGUGUGUCUGACUGAUUCUAACAAACUGGUCAGUGUAAGGCUAGUCUAGACUAGUGAUAGUGUUUGUGUGUGUUGAGUGGUCAGGUGAGAAAAUACACACUGCCGUGGUUAGUCAUCCAUGUAAAUCUACUUUCAACACAUAUUUUGUUAUUUGAUUACAAGAUCUACAUCUAACUGCAUAGACGAGGAUAUAUUUCUUUUAUGAGAAUGUAAACUUUACUGUAUGGUCUCCCGUUAUACAAUAAGUCAAUAGAUUAAGUUAAUAGGUUAGUGAUAUGUCACAUAGAAACCGGGUGAAAAUCUGAUUGUUUUGGAUGCGCAAGAAAAUUACACCAGAAAAACAUCAAUUACUAAGUUAUUAUUGCUAAUUCUAAAAAAAGAAUAAUACAUAUUAUAUAAAAAAUUGUCAAAACCAUCAGAGUUUCCCUUUAAAGUUGGUUUCUAGAUUUAUCAUUGAUAUUUAAAGACUUUUUGACUGGCUUACAAAAUGUUUAUUCACAAUUACAAUUUUUUUUUUUUAUGUUUUCUUUUUUUUUUAUUUUUGCUAGUCAUUUUUUUUUUUGUUUUGUUUUUUUUUUGUUUAUUUCCAAAUAUUUGUAAAUAUUAAACCUUACAAAGAUCUUUUAACAAAAAGAUAUAUAUUCCAGAUUUUUAAAAAAAUGUGUUAUUGUUAAGUAUUUUUUAUUACCAGGUUGUGCUUUUUCCUUCUUUUUUUUUUUCGGUUCAACUUUUGUGACUGAAACUGUUACCAUUGUUUGUUGGAUUACUUUAAGAGGGAAGUGAAUAUAUUUGUUUUCAAAUCACUAGCCUAUGUAUUUAUUGCCAGAGAUGUUUACUCUAAAUAUCUCUUGUACACUAUGGAAGAACAUUCCAAUAUAUUGUAUUUGUACCAUAAGAGACUUUUCAUUCUCUGUGUUCCUCAUAAAUGCUCAAAUUUUCUCUCUUUUUUAAAUUUUAAUUCCAACAUCUAGUCAUAUUAAUAUUAAUCUUUUUUUUUUUUUGUAAGGCAAUGGGCUACAGAACAAACAACUUUUGUUGACAAAGCUGAUUAAAAGCUAUUUGGCUGCCUGGUCGUGUGGUUUGGGCGCUGGAUUGUCGUUUGGAUUUAUCGAGGGUCCCGGGUUCAAACCCUGCCCGCUCCCAUCUCCCGCCGUUCUUCGGGAGGUUUGGGCUAGGAAGUAAACUAUCUUCAACUCUGAAGGAACAUCUGAAAAAUGUAAAACAUUUUACAAAAAAUGUGGUUUGAGAUUGAAAUAAAGGUUAGUUAAAAUGAAAAUAAUUCAUUUUCACAAUAAAAGUGUAAGCAAUUACUAUAAACAUUAUAAUAUAGUUCAGUGCAGCAAGUAGAUAUAUUAUUCUGAAUCUGACCCAUUAAUUAACCUAAAGAGAUGGUGAACAAGUUUAAGUACCUAUAUCUUCAAUUAUCUUCAGAUUAAAUUCAUGGCUAUUUCAACUGCAUUAAGAAAAAUAUUUGCAACUCUAAUAUUUUCCUGUUUUUCAAUUUAAUUUUUUUUUUCAUUAUAUUUUAGUCUGGUUUGAGGACCCCAAAAUCACUUUUUCUUAUAAACAUACAGAUCAGUUUGGUUCUAGAGCAAGAGUUAUGGUUCUUACAAAUUAAUUCUCCCAGAGUUAGUUUCCAAUAAAUGGGCCAUAGACAUAAAUAAAUAUAGACUGGCCGAAGGAAGUAACUUCAUGUAACUUGAAAACAUGUAUAUCUAUUGUAUUCGGAUUUCCAAAAUAUGAAAAGUUGCAUGAUCUUCAUUCUUAGAGAUUAAACAAAACUACACUGCCUCCUUAUUUACAAUAUAUAUAGGUGUGUAUAGAUAUGAAUACUUAACUUUUAUACUGCUCAUAAAUGCUUUAUAAUAAAGUACACAAAAUUGCAAGUCACAAAUUUUCGUUUCAUAAAACUCUUUAAUUGGCCAGUCUAUAUUUAUUUAUGUCUAUGAAAUGGGCUGUCACUUAAUGAAAUUUCUCCAAGACUUAUAAUAUCGAUAAUUAAAACCAUUACCAGGAUAUUGACUGAAAAAUGAAGUGUUCAUCAGCUACUGACACUAAAAUCACAUUCUCGGUAUCGCAGUUUUACAUUGUAAUUAUUGUACCAUUGCAUAAAUUAGUAGAUAUAAUGCAUAAUUUAAUCACUAGGUAAACAAAUCAGGUAAUUUAUAAUUAAUGUUCACCUAUUGCUUUGAUCAAGCGUAGCAAAUGCUACAGUGGACUGCUAGAAGCUAAUCAUCGCAAGCUUUUGCAACAUUGCUCAUAUCAACACUGUCUACUCAUUCAAAGGGAACUAAUCUAUCUGUAUGUGAAUUGGGAUAUCACAAGAGAAGAUAAUUAACAUUUCGUUUAGUUUUUCAAGUCUUUUUGAGAAUUAAUUUUGAAAAAGCCCAAUAAUUUUAUUUUCCCAAGUCUGGAUGUGGAAAUGCAUUUGAUUUUAAUAUUUAUUCUAGUCAUAGUUUUUUUUCUUAAGCGAGGGGAAAAACUUAGAAAAAAAAAAUUCUAUUCAGCUGAGAGUGUCAUCUGUUGCAUUAAUCUAAAUUGUAUGUUUCUCUUUUCAUUUGAGAACCAGAUGUUCUAUGUAUCUUUCAGUUUUUUUUUGUUUUUUUCAAGUGCCUUUAUUUGUUUCUCCCCUCUCCUUUUUUAUUUAUUUAUUUUUUUUUUGCUUUGUUUAUUUGUAAAAAAAAUUUUUCCUUUGUAAAACUUUGUGACCUAAAUUUUAUGUGUUCAUGUUUUGAAUUGCAACACUCAUUGAUUUUAGUGUACCACUCUGUCGCAUUUCCCAUGAUUCAGUAACUUGACUUUUUGAACUUUGAAUGUUAAAGCUCAAGUGUUUACCAAAUGUAGAUCAUAAAGUUUUAUAGAAAAUUUUUUCGCCCAAUCCUCUAUGCCCUAGACCAGUGUUUCUCAGCCAAUAGUAUGCAUACCCCAUUAGCAUUUUUUAUAACGCUUUAUAAAAAGACAUUUUUUAAAACUGAUAACUAAAGUCAGCACAUUUGAUUUUAAUUGUAAAUAUCCAAAAUGCUCAUUACUGAAAAAAAAAAAAACACAUUUAUUAUUUGAAGAGUGAUAUUGCAAGACUGAAAUGAAAUUCAUUGGCAAUUGGCAGCAAUAAUAAUAAUGACAUAUUCUGGGCUAACAAUUAACCUUGAACUGCAGUGAUGGUAGGACAAUCAAGAUGGGCAUUGGUUAUUGCUGCAACAUUUAAUUCACAAAAAUGUAUUGAUCAACCAACAUUGGAAACAAAAAAAUAUUUCAGAAUGUGAAAAAAAAAAAUUACUGAUAUAAUUUUUUAUAAAUGUAGAUUACCGAGAUUAAUAGUUUCUUAACAGGAAUUUUUUAUUCCGCAAGUUUCAUUUUUCUGAAAUUGACAGAAUUUUAUGAAUGAGGAUACAAGAUCAGAGUGAUUUUGGUGUCAUGUCUGCCUUGAGUUGGUGCCUUUAGUUUAGACCUAACUACAUAACACAAAGACAACAAAUGACUAGAACUGUUUGUUAAUAAUGAUAUGUACCUUUAAUUGUUUCUUUCAAUCUUGAACAUCCACAUUUUUUAUAUUCUUUUUGUGUUCAGACUAAUGUUGUCAAGGGAGAUCAUGCUUAAUCUCCAACGUUUUUUUUUUUACAAAAGUUGUCAACUUUUUUUUUUUUUUUUUGGAAUGUUGUGAUUUUCUUGUGCAAUUUUUUUUUUAUUAUCCCAAAUUUUUUUGUUUGACAUUAAACAUUUUUUGGGAAUUGUUUUCUUGUAUGUCUAUUAGUAUUUUGAUCCUAGUAUAGAGUGAAUGUUCCUUGCUCAGUGUGCUUCUAAUUGCUGAAUUAACAAUACGUUUCUAACUGAUAUAACAUUACAUUGGAGACACUAGGUCUUAAGCUUGCAAAUUCAGCUGAAGGUCAUGUAAAAAGAUGGAGAAAAGACCUAAAAGAUUAUAUACUACAGCUUAUUGAUUAAAGGGAUAAUACAUACAAAUAAUACAUAGAAAUGAGCUGACCCGUGGCGUAGC